AUCAAAACUAACAAUCUCCAUCAUAUUUUAAACCCCAUUUGUAGAACUUAACAAUAAUUAUCUUAAAAAUUGAAGAUUUAGAUAAGACUUAGCCUUAUUAUAAUUUUAUUUUAACCCAAAGUUUUUAUUAGACAGAUUGAAUUCUGGUUGCUGGGCACUUUACUACUCUUCAACCGCUCAUCUAGUGUUGCUCGUUUUCUCUCUCUUAUCUUCAUUUUCCCCAAUUUUGCUCUCUUAUCAUGCCAUCAAACAAGAGAAGAAGAAUCAAAUCGUUGUCCGCAGCUAUUAGAGAUGACAGGAAGACUUCUGUUGAGGUGAAGCAAGACGCACAGGAGCUGCCUUCCUGGUCUGAUCUUCCUGCUGAACUUUUAGAGCUGAUUCUCUGUCAUUUGACCCUUAGGGAGAACAUCCGUUUUUCUGCUGUCUGCAAGAGAUGGCACUCGAUUGCUGUUUCUGUGCGCCUAGUGAACCAGCCUCCCUGGAUUAUGUAUUUUCCGAAAUUUGGGGAUCUUUAUGAAUUUUAUGACCCUCUCAGCCGCAAGACUUAUUCUAUUGAAUUAGCAGAGUUGAGUGGAUCAAGAGUCUGUUACACAAAAGGUGGUUGGCUACUGUUAUACAGACCCAGAACUCAUCGCCUAUUCUUUUUUAACCCCUUCUCCCGGGAGUUGAUUAAGUUGCCUAGAUUUGAAAUCACUUGCCAAAUAGUUGCUUUCUCUUGUGACCCAACAUCUCCGAGCUGUGUUGUGUUUACAGUGAAGCAUGUUAGCCCUACAGUUGUUGCUAUUAGUACUUGUUAUCCGGGGGCAACAGAAUGGACAACUGCCAAUUACCAAAAUCGCCUGCCUUUUGUCAGUAGUAUAUGGAACAAAUUGGUUUUCUCUGAUGGGAAAUUUUAUUGUCUUAGCCUAACUGGAUGGCUUGGGGUUUUCGAUCCAAAAGAGCUUACUUGGAAUGUUCUGGUGGUGCCUCCUCCAAGAUGUCCAGAAAACUUUUUCACAAAAAACUGGUGGAAAGGUAAAUUUCUGGCAGAACAUAAUGGAGACAUUUUGGUGAUAUACACCUGUUGUAGUGAUUACCCAAUUAUAUUCAAACUUGAUCAGACAAACAUGGUAUGGGAAGAAGUAAAAACCUUAGAUGGGAUUACUCUCUUUGCAAGCUUUCUUUCAUCGCAUUCAAGAACAGAUCUUCCUGGAACAAUGAGGAAUAGUGUUUAUUUUUCUAAAGUUCGUUUCUAUGGAAAACGAUGCAUAUCAUAUUCCCUGAAGGACAGUAGAUACUAUCCUCGCAAGCAAUUUCACGACUGGGGAGAGCAGGAUCCAUUUGAGAGCAUUUGGAUUGAUCCGCCCCAGGACCUCUCUAUUUUCAUGUGAUCGUAUAACAAAUUCUGUAAAUUAUGUUUCAGUUAUUUCUGAAAAUUUUGCGUUGCUCCUAAUUCCAUGUUCCUCGAUGAUAAUAAGUUGCAACUGUAAGAGAAUUCAGAGCCCCUAAAUCUGAAUAAAGGAGUUUUGGACAACGCUUGUAGCAGUAGAUGUUUUUUUUAACAGUGAGUUUUUUGUGAAAUCAGUGUUUUAGAAGAAGAAUAAUAGAGAUAUUAGCAAAGGUCACAUGUUGUGUUAAAAUUGAGAGAUUGCACCCUUCAUAUGGUGUCUGUAUUAUUUGUUUAGAGGACUGAUACAUGUUUUUAUUUUUUAUUUUUUAUUUUUUUUAAUUAGUCGACUAGAAGCAUAGUGGUGCCGACAAGUCUGUAGUCUCAUUGUUUGGCAACUCUUGUUAGAUCAUACCUUAAUAAAUAUAUUGUGCUAUAAUACAAAAUUCUUCAUUUUUUCUGAGCCA